UUUUCAGCUCCAUCACACUGCUGUCAGCUGUUGCUAAAAAUCGAGUUUGCAACACAAAAAUAAAAAAUGGUUCAGUCCAAGGAGGAGCUGGAGUUCAUCAAGCGCAAGCACGAGCACACCUUGAAGCUGCGCGCCGAGUUCCUGAAGCAGAGCUCCAAUCCUUACCGCCAUGCCAGCGGCGAGGGCGGCACCGUGUUCGAUGCUGGAUUAGCCCGCUUCCAGGCGAUGCGUGUCGCUAACUACGAGCACUUCAAGCCCACCGGCAAGUCCUUCCGCACCGGCCUGUUCGCCGUGGUCCUGCCCAUCGCCCUCUACGCCUGGGCCCUGAAGGCGGAACGCGAUGGACGCGAGGAGAAGUACAGGACUGGCCAGGUGGCCUACAAGGAUCGCCAGUUCAAGUUCAUCUAAGCCCGACAUUAAGCCAUUGAUCUUCGAUUUUUAGUGGAAUUAAAAGGAAACCCAAAAGAAGCUAAUGUUAA